AUGACGACGUUUGCUCGAGCAGUGCUUUAUUUUUUCAUCGUUUAUCUUCUCAUACUUUAUCAAUCAGUGAAUUGCGAUUACACAGUUGAUUCAGUCUCAUCAGUGGACAGUUUCAGUUCAACCGUAGCGCACAACAUUACAACUUACUCUCCUACAAUCGUACCAACUACUUCAACAACAAAUAAAUCGAAUACAAGUUCUUUAACAACUACAUCAAUAACUUCUGUUACUUCGACGACGACGAUCACGGCGACAAUAACAACAGAGGCAGUAGAAACAACCAUUAAUACCUCUGAGUAUUCACAAUCAACUACUACUCCUGUUACGUCUACGCCCGUCCUUCCUCAAGCACGAUCGGAACCUGGCUGGUGGUUAUUUAUUGCUCUUGUGCUAACAAUAGUUAUUGUCGUCAUUGCUGGUGUUAUUUUCUAUAAUCGACAACAAUCUCCGUAUCGACGAUCGAUGUCCUGUUUACAAUGGUUUAGACAGUGCAAUCUCAGAUUUCUUCAAAAUUGGCGUUCGCAUGACGAUGAUACUGAUAACAUUAUUUUACAACUUGAACCGUCUGAUGUUAGUAAUGAUCAGUGGCCAUCUCGAAUCUCAUUUAAUUAA